AUUGGGAUCACAACUGCGAUUGAGCAAUGACCGUGCUCGUCUUGCCCUUCCCUUUCCCUUCCUCACUUUCAUCUUGGCUCGCCCAUCAGCACUCCUCUCGCUCUGCAACCUCAUCAUCGCCUCCUGCACCGGGCACCACCAAACCACCUCAUAACUCCGCCAAAUGUCCCGGGCUCGCCUCCACGUCGAUCGAAACGGCCUCCCCGAGGUCGACCAUGACAUCUAUCCGGUCUGGAAGAUGAAGGCCAUCGGCCACUUCCUCCAAGAAAACCUCUACGACUACAUCACCGGCACGAUCCCCAAACCCGGCAAAGACAGCCCCGAGGAGCUCGCCCAGUUCAGACACGAAGACAACAGGGCCAAGGGAACCAUCUUCAUGUCCCUGCCGAUCCGCCUCGCGAUGCGCUACGAAAGCAACAUCGCGGAGAUAACCUCGGCCGAGCUCUGGGCUGCCGUCGUCGCCGAUUUCGAGUACACCAGCACCAUUAAGCUGAUGAAACGGUUCGAGACGUUCAUCAUGGCCAAGAGCCAGAGGCCGGGUCUGACCGUGGACGAGGUCAUUGGCGACCUGCGAUGGUUUGGCUCGAGAAUCGGCUCGCCACAAAAGAUGCGCAAGUUCCGCUCAGAAACCAGCCAGGCCGAGGCCGCCGGCCAGAGCGCAGACUCGGCUUACGACAGACAAAAGUCGACCAGGCCUCAAUGCGCCCGCUGUGGCCGAAAGAACCACGUUGUCUCCGAGUGCUUUGCAAUCAGACACGUCUCCGGCCAUGCCCUCGAAGAUGCCGACUCGAAGGCUUACUGA